UCAGAAAGCUACACAUCCUAAUUUCACAUACCAUUUUCACAAUCACAGUUAGAAAUUCAAUCUUCCAGAAGCUUCUCUCACGAUGGCACGUACCAAGCAAACAGCUCGCAAAUCCACCGGCGGCAAGGCUCCCCGGAAGCAGCUCGCCACCAAGGCCGCUCGGAAAUCAGCUCCGGCGACCGGAGGAGUGAAGAAGCCACAUAGAUUCAGACCUGGAACUGUUGCUUUGAGAGAGAUCCGUAAGUAUCAGAAGAGCACUGAGCUUCUCAUCCGUAAACUUCCAUUCCAACGUCUUGUUCGUGAAAUUGCUCAAGAUUUCAAGACAGAUCUGAGAUUCCAGAGCAGCGCAGUUUCCGCUCUUCAAGAAGCUGCUGAAGCUUACUUGGUUGGUCUCUUUGAAGACACAAACCUUUGUGCAAUUCAUGCUAAGAGAGUUACAAUCAUGCCUAAGGACAUUCAGCUUGCAAGAAGAAUCAGAGGAGAGAGGGCUUAGUCAUUUGCUAGAAUUUCAAUUUCGUUACCCUAAAUUGGAUAGUUAGUAGUAUUUGCUCUAUGUGUGAAUCUUCAGUUCUAAUUGUAGCACUAUUUUAAUCUGAAUACUAAUCAGUAAUGUUGCAAUUUAA